AUGACAACUAUAAUGGAAAAACCAAGAUCAUGUGAUACUUUUGUUGUUCUACCACCUCUGACAAAAAACAAUGUUGUAAUAUUUGGAAAAAAUUCAGACCGUCCACAGAACGAAGUCCAAGAAGUGAUAUUGUCCCAAGAUCGAACUCGCGACUCUAAAUUAAAGUGCACUUAUAUAACAAUAGAUGAGUGCACAGAUCCACUAAACAAUGUGAUAUUAAGCAAGCCCGCAUGGAUGUGGGGAGCUGAAAUGGGUGCCAAUGAUAAAAAUGUAGUGAUAGGUAAUGAGGCUGUGUGGACUAACAACAAUGAAGGGGACGGAGAUGCAAGACAGAAACGUCUCCUCGGAAUGGAUUUGGUGCGAUUAGGCCUUGAGAGGGGAAAUACAGCUGAAAAAGCUCUUGAUGUGAUCACAUCGCUGUUAGAGAAAUAUGGACAAGGCGGGCCCUGCUCUGAAUAUGAUGACAGUCAUUUCUAUCAUAACUCCUUUCUCAUUGCUGAUUAUAAAGAGGCUUGGGUACUUGAGACUAGCGGGAAAAUGUGGGCGGCAGAGAGAAUUGAUUCAGGAUACAGAAAUAUUUCCAAUGGACUUACCAUUGGAACUAAAAUCGAUAAGCAUUCUGAAGGGCUGUUUGAAAAAGCUGAGGCUAUGGGACUCUGGGAUGGGAAGGGUUUGUUCGACUUCAGUGCUGCAUUUUCUUCCGGCGGAGACGAGCUUCGUCAGAAAGAAGGUGAACGGCUUCUAAAACAAGCAACAGUGACAUCUGCCUUCGAUGUAACUGAUAUGUUCCGUAUACUGAGACACAAAGAGAGUGGUAUCUGCCGUGCAUGUGACGAUACCUUCCCCACACAAGGAAGCCAGGUAUCAUCUAUAUCGUCAGACGGCAUAAGCGUACAUUGGUUCACAGCGACACCAGAUCCGAGCGUAUCUUACUUCAAGCCGUUCGUUUUCACUUCUAACGCUAGAAUCUCACCGUACACCGAAAGCCCAUCAGCGCCGAAUCGUGAACACCAUCUAUAUAAGCUGCAUUCGGCGCACGUGUUGAAGAAUAACAAUGAGAGAAUGUCGAAAGUCCUUGCCGAUAUCGAGAACGGAUGUAUCGCAGAAAUAACAGAUUUCAUGAAGAAAUACGAACUCAAAGAGAAAAAUAUUAACGAACUCGACGACCUGAUGAAGAAGUGCGUGGAAACUGAAGUCAAACUUUACGGUUAA